AGAAGGAAUGUUCGCAUUGUGCUGCACGCGAUUCACAGCUCGCUUAUUAUACGUAAUAUUUCAGCGUUAAUGUUGUAGUUUUCUUGAAAUAACAGUUAUUUUCCGAUUUUCUUGAACUAGGAUUGAAAAAUCUUUGUUAUAGAUUAGAAAAUAGACUUGAUGUAACUUUUGUUCUUGAAGAAGGUUGUUGAAAUUGGACAUGCCGAGUUCCUUGUUAAGCCUAAAUGAAGACGAGGUGCUAUAGCUUCAUCAUUGCUAAAUUUGUUUUCAAAUUAUAGUUAGGACAUAACAUUGUUUUUGUUUAAGGAGGGUAUUAAGAAUCGCAUUUGAUUGAUAUUCGAAUGCCACACGUGUUAUACUUGUAGCGUGGUACGCGCCAUAAUACAUUUUUCUGCAUAGGGCUCCAUAAUGAUGCUUUGUUUGGGCAAGAUAAUGUACGAUUGAUUCGUUUUGUUGCGUGGAAGUGAACCAUUUUAUACACAAAACAUCGUUCAAAGUUGUAUUUUCCCCAUUUGUAUUGAUGGUUGAGUCAGAGCUGAAUGUUUAAAAAGGAAACACUCCAUCAGUAUCAUAUGGAUCUGCCUGUUUAUUUAUACAAAAAUUAUGCAGCUUACUUUUGUGUAAACAUUGGUACUUGGAGCUGUUCUGAGAUUGCUACUAAAAAUCAUCAUUAGAAGUGAGACACCAUGCUUACCAAGAGAAUUUAAAUUUUCAGGCAAUGGAAAGAAAUGGAGAUGUUGCUACUGAAUUCAAUAGUUGUCAUUCAGAAAAUUUCUGCUUGAACACAAGUCUUUUCAAAACAGGGUGUGACAAAAUGUGCAAAGAUGAUAAUAGUGAAUCAUUGUUCUGUAAAAUGUCUGGCAAAAUGAGGAGUGAUAACAUAAUGGCAAGUGGGUUUGAAGAUGAGCAUGAAAUAUCCCUUUCUGCAUUGCAGAGUCAGUGCCUUGAAAAAUUAAGUAGAUCUGAAACUGAUUUUAUAAACAGUGAUGAGCAUAUACUAUCUGUAAUUCAUCAGAAGACUGAAGAUGCAAUGAAUAACUGUUUAAUACCUAUUUGGGAAGAAGAGAGUGCUAAAUUAUGUAAUAAUCCUCUCAGUCUAAAACCUCCUGAAAAUUUUCUUUUAUCAGAUGAUUCAUUAGUAAAUGGGGACAAAGCUAUGAAUGAUUCCGAAAAUUCAUUCAAAAUUAAUAGCAAUUGCAUUGGUUCAAAUGCUGUACAUAAUUCAGAUUCUAGCUUGGGAGCAACAUCUGAUAGUUUACAGCAAGCCUUUGUAGAAGAACUCAGCUCAUCAAGCAUUGAAGAAAUAUUAGUAUCUAGUCCAAUGUCUGGUAAUUUCAGUAAAAUAAGAAUGAACAAUGUUGCUUGCCAUGAUUCGAAAGGUCCUGACAUAAUCCAAGCACAAAAUUCUCCCAAUAACUUGAGUUCUCUUUCUUUUACUAUACCAAAGCUGGAGAUGGUGAAAGAAAUUGAAUCAAGCCCUAAGAGCGAGAUGCCAGAAUUAAUUCCUACUGGUUGUCUGGAUGAUGAAAAUGUUGAUGAUGAAUCAAUGCCAUCUAUGGAACAAAAGAACUGUGAAAAAGCUAAUGUCGCUGACUCUCCUGAAAUGCCAAAACUGGUCCCCUUUUCAACUGAUAUUGAAGACAUUAUGAAAAUCAAAAAAGAGCAUUUAAAUAAUGAACAUAAAAGUGACAGUUAUCAAUUACUUACAUCAGCCAAAAGAAAAUUAUUUUUACAGUAUGAAAUGAGCCCUGUUAUCAAUGUAAAAAAGAGUAAAUCCAACAUUGAAUUGAACGAAUGUGUCAGUAUGAAUAAUUCACCUGAAGCUUUUACUCUUGAAGAUUCAAUAUCCUACCCAUCUGAAGCCUUGGGUUCGGAAAAGGGAACAUAUUUUAAAAAAGAAGAUGAUAAAAAGUUUGAAAAUCCUGAUUUUCGAAAUUUCUUUUCAGAGAUGAAUAGGAAUUUAAAACUGCUGAGUGAGAGUUAUAAGAGGUCUGAAGAUAUUGAAACCAAAUGUUCCCCAAAGCCUUCUAUUGAACCUGAAAUAGACUUCAGAAAGUUAUCCUUGGAUAAUUAUUUGUUAAUAAAUAGUACAGACAAACGAACUUUUCUUGAAGCUGCUGACAUUGAAGAUGAAGAGAAUGAAAAUAAAUUUUCAUUCAAACAUUGUUUGCCUACUAAUGAUUCAGAUGAUAACGAUUCUUUAGCAAGCAAACCAGAGUGUCUAAAAUAUUCUUACAAUGAAGUUCCAGAAGUUGAAGAAAUCGAAGGUAUGCGAUUUUUCCAAUUUCGUUCAAAGCAUACCAUGGAUGAAUUUCUGAGGGAACCACCAAAAGUAGAAAUAAGCUUGGAAAUGAUUGUGCCUACCAAAACUACUGAUAUAACUCAAAUCAAAGGUUGGAGGAAUAAAUAUUUUGCACCAGAUUCUCAGCUACAACUUUCAUGUGCAAAAAGUGAAAGCAACAUUGAUGAAUGUAGUCAGAAUGCUGUAUCUCUUCCUCCAUUAAGUGAGCAAGUGGAUAUCAAAACUAUAGAUUUUUGUAUUCAAGAUAAUGAUGAAAAGGCUGAAUCCUCCCAAGAAAAUAAGAAUUUAUCUAAUUUAAAGUGCCUUGCAACUGGUUCUCAAUCACUUUCAGUAACCAGCACACCAAUGAAAUCAAACUCUGAUGAAAAAGGAAGUCUUUUGUGUUCAAAAAUCUUUAUCAGUACUCCAAUAAAAUCAGAUGUAGAGGGAAAAGAUAGUAUACCAAUUAAAUCAGAUGUAAAAGAAAGACAUAGUACACCAGUAAAACUAGAUGUUGAGAGAAAAGAUAGUACACCAAUAAAACCAAAUGUAGUGGGAAAAGAUAGUACACCAAAAAAACCAGAUGAAGAAGGAAAAGAUAGUACACCAGUAAAACCAAAUGUAGAGAGAAAAGAUAGCACACCAAUAAAACUAAAUGUAGAGAGAAAGGAUAGUACACCAAUAAAACCAAAUGUAGAGGGAAAAGAUAGUGAAACAAUAAAAUCAGAUAUAGAGGGAAAAGAUAGUACACCAAUAAAACCAGAUGUAAAGAAAAAAGAAAGUACACCAAUAAAACCAGAUGUAGAGAAAAAAGAAAGCACACCAAUAAAACCAGACGUAGAGAAAAAAGAAAGCACACCAAUAAAACCAGAUGUAGAGAAAAAAGAAAGUACGCCAAUAAAAUUAGAUGUAGAGGGAAAGGAUAAAAUCUGUCCUGUUGAAAUAUCAAAGUCUGAGGAAUCUGUAUCAAAUAAUCCAAUGUCUGCAUUUGUAAGCAAAAGAUUGGAUGAUUUCUUGUUGAAUUCAUCCACUUUAAAUAUAACCUUUCUUCAAAAAGCAAACCCAAAUAUUAAAUCCAUUCCUCCAGAUGCGCCCAUUCUUAGCAUUGGGAAAUUGAGAAAGAUGGACGAUGAUUCUAAUGUCCCGUAUAAAACAAAAUUUGUCUAUAAAGUAAGGGAUGAGCGAGAUAGGCCAACUCCUUCUGUUCCGACUACAACAAACUUGUCAGCACCUGUUAUAACUCUUAGUUCUACAGAUGAAAGCUCAAGUGAUGAUGACAUACCUGUUGCUGAUCUCUAUAGUAAGGGAAAUCAGAUAAAACCAAGACCAACUAGAUCUCAGCUAAAUAAAUGUGUGAAAAGAAGAGCAAGUGACAGUAGUAUGGAUCAGGCUUCUCAAAGAGUUGUAUUGAGGUUAACUAAACAAAAUAGGGGGACCAUUGAAGGCUAUAAAGUAUCUGAUAUUUCUGUUGAAAACAAGGAACCAGGCGAGUCAUCUUCAAAUUUAGAGAAUGAAGAAACACUUCCCGAUGCUUUUAAAAAAACAACUGAUGGGCCAUUAUCAAUUAUUAAGGAUGGUAUAUUCCUUAAAGAAUCUGAGCCUAAGCUUCUAGAAGAGUUUCUGAAUAAUCUGAACAUGUACGGCACAAGCAAAGACGUUGCCAUGUUGGUACAAUCAAAUCAAUCUUAUUUUGUGAAAGGGCCUGUUUUAACAGCAGAACAUUGCAGUGAAGCUCUUAAUGCUUUAGCGUCAAACAAAGAAUUCCUUGAUUUGAAAAAUAAGACUACUCCUAAGAAGAAACUUAAAACUUGGCAAAAAUAUUUACCUAAAAAGCUGAGUAAAACUCAACAACAGCAGAUAUCUCACAAAACAGCCCAUCAAAAAAGUCAAAGUGCAGUUUCUAAUUCUGAUUCUUCUGAAAGAAUAUUGAAUGCUAAAGAUAAAAUAAAGCCAACCAAGAAUGAAGAACUAAGCAGUAGCAGAGCAUCAUUGCAGUCACAAAAAUCAGGCUUAAUGAAAUCCAAAAAUUUAGUAAAAGUACUAAAUUCCAAAGAUACAAUCUCAAAAAUGGAUGACAAAACUAAAUUUCCAAAUCAAAAAACAUCGGGAAUGAAGAAAAGCAUGAAAUCAAAGCAUUUAAUACUGCAGAAAAAGAGAGAGAUACGACGUAGAUCAAAAUUGAACAUCGGUGCUCAACUAGCUUUGAUUGAGAGGGAAAAACGCUCAAUUAGAUUGCCUGCUCGAUAUUUAGACUCAGCCGUGUUGGCUGCUGGAACCGAGUGGGUUUCACCAAUCUUUAUUGGUGAUGAAAAAAAAACUAGGAAACAACUUCUAGAUGUGUUAGGUAAAAUAACUCCCAAUAAAGAAAGUGAUUCUCUUAUCGAAAAGAAUUCUGCCAAGGUAUCUAGGAAGAGAAGCGUAGAUUCAGAUAAACCACAAAAACGUGCUUCGAAAGAAUCGGUAGCAUCCAAAAAACAGAAAAAUGAUAAUACUAAACAAAAUACCAGAAUUCCUAAACAAACUGAAAAGCAAAAUGUUUCUGUUGAUUUAAAAGAUCUUGAUGAAAAGACAUUUUAAA